AUGGAUCAACCAAACAGAUUAGUCGAUCAAUCACUUAUCACCAAACCAUCAUUACCAAGAUAUCCAAUUAUUUUUAGAGAACCAACUUUUAAACAAACUAGAGAUAAUUUUAGAGCAUCAGAUUAUGCAUUAGCAAUUUUUGGACCAAUGGCACUUUCAUCAUAUGUCUAUUACCAAACUUAUUUAGAUAAAAGAGCAGUUGCUAGAUGGUCUAUUGUUAUUGUUCCAACAUGUUAUUUUGUUGCAGCUAAACUUUCUUAUCGUAGAUUAACUGGUGAUAAAGAAAACGAAAAAGAAUGUAAAAAAUAUGGUGUUGAAUUUGUUAAAAACACAACUCCAUUCAAUAUAUAG